AUGGAGGUGUCCCUCAAACUGGGCCAUUUCCAUUUCUGUGGUGGCAGUCUGGUCCUAGAAGACAUGGUUAUCAUCGCUGCUGAUUGUGUGGAGCAGUAUGUCUCCAGGCAUGAACUGGGCUUGACAGUAUCUGAGCCAUAUGGACAACCCUUGAGGAAACUACAGGGCUCCCUGCUUGGCCCUUCUGAAGGCUGGGCACUGCCAAUGCCCCAUCAAGGCAGCCAAGGAGAUCUGUGUCCAUUUUUCUCCCAACAUCAAGGAAAAAGAAAUGAGGUUCAGCCCAUCUGCCUGCCCCACAGGAAUGAAGACUUCCAGGCUGGGACACUGUGUAUGGCUAGUGGCUGGGGCAAGGUGUCUCAGGUGGUUUGGGGCUCAUCCACGGAGAUGGAGCUGCCCCUCACCAACAGCCAGAACUGCAGCACGCUGCUGGGCAUGAACCUACCGCUGCUGCUGUGCCAAUCCCUCCCCUUGCACCCGUGGAGUGCAAUUCCCAAGGUGUCCCUCUCUUCGGAGAAAUCGGCUACAUUCAGUGCCCUCAGGCUCUGGAGGAUAAUUACCCUGACAACAGGUAAAGCCAGCAGGGAGGUCUUCCCAGCCCUUCUGCUGGCAGAGUCGGACCAGGCUCUUGUUACGAUUAUUUCUGACGGGAGCAGCGCUGGUGUCAGAUUUGAGGUCACCUUGUCGGCCAUCCAUAAGGACACUGAAGCAGACUUGGGCUGUGGGAGUGUCACAAUGUUAGUGGAAGAGGGGAAGAUUGAUACUGCUAAUUAGCCUGGCUUGUGUCCCAGGAACACAAAGUGCCACUGGCUCAUUGAGGGUCCAGCAGAAGGAGGAAGGAAGAGAAGAUUCAGGACUAACUACUGCACCGAUGUUACCUCUGAAGGAUGUGCCCCUAGAUACCUGUGGCUUCCCCCAGUUACUCCCCAGUGGAUGUUCAAGCAUGCUAGUGGGGCUGAGGAGGCCUGUCCUCACUGCUGGCCAUGGCAUGCUGCCUUGAAGCUUCUUGGAGAAUACUAGUGUGAUGAGGCUGUCAUCAGCCCUAUGUGGCUGGUGACAGCCACCCACUGUGUGCAGCUAUCAAAUAAACCCUUGCACUGGACUGUGACAGUAGGAGACCAUGACAGAGCCCUGAGGGAGUCAACAGAACAGGUGAGACAGGUGAAAAUCAUCACAGUGCACUCCCACUUUGACAUGCUGAGCUAUGACUCUGACAUUGCCCUGGUGCAGCCAGACAUCCCUCCGGAGUCAAGGCUGCUGAGGCCAGUGCGUCUGUCCAACAGCACAGAGACAUCAUUUUCCUCUUCUCUGUAUCUGGAUGGAGGAUCAUCGAAGAAGGUGGUUGCAGAAACACAAAUGCCAGUGCUUGAGAAUGAAAUCUGUGAGGGAAAUUACUACUUCAGUCACCCUGGAAGGAUCACAUCUAGGAUUCUUUUUGCUGGCUUUGUUUCUGUGGGAGGCCAGGACUCCUGUCAAGAGAAGCAAGGUGACUCUGGUGGCCCCUUGGUUUCCAACAAGGAAAAUGGACCAUUUACUUUUUAUGGCAUUGUCAGCUGGGAUAUUGGCUAUGCCAGCCCAAAGAAAUCAGGGGUCUAUUCAAGGGUGAGGAUUUUCUUGGACUGGUUAAGAAUGCUGAUGGAAGGAUAUGUGGAAAGCACAGAGCGCUCUUGGAUACUCUGACUGUCUCCAAAGGGCAUGGCAAAGAUUAUAGUAAAGCAUCUGUCAAUAACAUCAUUGCUGAACUGCCAAGAGGAGUUUCUUGGGAUUUAUGAAGAGAGACAGAGAGGAAGAAAAGUGCUAGAUUGGGAAGGAAUGAUCCAGACACUGGGAAACCCCAUGAGAGAUGCAAAUGCCACCAGCUGCCACUGGAGAAUUGUAGCCCCAUUAAAAUCUAUUAUUCAGCUUGAAGUUCUGAACUUCUGGACUGAAAGAAAUUUGUCUAAUUGUCAUGGUCAACUGAUGGUGUAUAAAGAAUUUGGACUAACCAAAGAGUUAAUAGGCUUGAACUUGCAGUGUGACAACUUGCUGUGUGUGUCCGAAGCUGCGUGCCAAAGACAAGGCAGCGGGUCAAUGCAGUGGGGCCAAGGGCAGGGAAGCUUUUCCUACUGCCCUGCUAAGUGA